GCACUGAGCAAUAGAGAAGAAGAUGAACUACGUAAAACAGUUCGAGCAGAAGCCUUGAAAGCAUGUGAUCCAAUCGUAAAAGAAUUUGCAGCAUGUCAAACCGGUAGAACGGUGUCCGUAGUUUGGGCUUGUAGAUCGCAACAUAAAGAAGUUCAAAAAUGCAUGAGA